CUCUGAUCCUUAGCUGUAUAUAGACCUCGCUACAUACUUAACCCUUCAGUACUCGCGUUGUAAGAAUUUUACUCACGCAACAAUAUUCAACUAUAGGAUGUCGCUGCAGUGCAAGUGAGACACUAAAAAGAACGUGAGUCUAAAGGGUUAGCGCACACGCACACAUACGCCUCAGUCCAUCGUUUUCCAGAUACUCUCUCUUUCUCUCUCUUCCUCUAAUACACUUGUGCCUGACAAAAGAAUCAGUCGACGCGUGCCGAAGAAAACAGCCAAUCACAGUGAUUACCGCGUUUUCUAUCUUUGCGGACUCUCGUGUCCUUUUGUCUAUGUUCAUUUUAGUGUACGAUCUCGCGCUGACUACAUCAUAUUUAUAUAAAUUGACAGUCUUUUUUUAUUAAAGUAAGUUUAUGAUUCGACAUUACAUCUCAUGUAUGCCCAAAUUAGAUUUACAUUAAGUGGAAAGUUUAAAAUAGUACCAGUUGAUGAACUAAAAAAAUAUAAACCUGAUUGUCCAACUAAAAUAUGUUUUGCAAAGGAUGGUGAUGUGUAUUUGAAAGCUUUGGUUAUUUCAGUCCGAAACUCAGAAAAAGAAUUAGAUGAACUGACGGAAUCAGUAAGGAGAAGAAAUCCACCCGCUAAUUUGUGGUCUGAACCUUCUGGUGACGAAUUACUCAGUACAACAACAUCAAAGCCAAAGGAACAAAAAGAGGACGACACUUUAAAUAUUGUUAAUCAACGGUUAUUCUUAAAAAAUCCGGAACGUUUUCAAGCAGAAACUUUUUCCAAGAUGCCAAACAAUGAAGAAUGUGCUGAAUCUAAAGAGGCGAAAAUUGGGAACGUUGUUGUUAAAAAUAAUACAUCAUCUAAAAAGAAAUCUAAGGAUAUGUUGAAGAACAUAAAAAAGGAACAUAAAAGUAAACCGAAAAAACUGUUAAAGAGGAAAGAGGAAACAGUCUCAAAACCUGUAACUCUUGUAGUACCAGUCAAAAAACCCAGAAUUACUGAAACACCAUUUGCAAAUACAGAUGGAUCUCAGAAUGACAAAUUACCACUCAAGCUAGAUGAUGUUCCUCCAGAAUUAGCUGACACGGUUUUAAUUCCUGACAUUGACUUGAGACAUUUGAAUACACAAUUAGGAGCCGGAAAAUGCGAUCAAACGUCACCGAUGUCCAAUAAAGUCUUGUCUACCGGAAAAUUGAAACAUGAAAAACGGAAAGAAGAUAAUCUGAAAACGGAUAAUGCUAAGAAAGUAGCUUCAACAAGUCAUGUAGGCAAAUUAGCACAUGAGAUUCAAUUCAUGAAAAAUGAGUUAAAGAAAAGAGAAGUAUUUGAAAAAAAUAUACUGGAGCAGAUGUCUAAGCUAAUAGCAACUUCGGAGCAGAACAAGAAAAUGCUUCAAUCGAUAACAGACAACUGGAAUGAAUUUCGGGAAACUCCGUCAGAUAAAAGCUCCAAAGCGCUCGAAGAGAAAACCGGUGUUCCUAGCGUUGGUUUUCACAGAAAAGCUGAUAAGACAAUUCACAUUGGUGAAGGAAUAUAUAUUCCUAAGGCUACUUAUGACGCAGCAAAAUUAAAAGCCAAGACAGGAUCUCAAUUUGUGAAGAAAAUGUUGAUUCCGAUUUUUUCCCCUCAGGAAUUAUUAGAUUCCAGUGUAGGUGGGGGUAAAUCAAAUCGGUACAAGAAAGAGACGCAAAAACCACCUUUAGAUCCGACCCGGUUGUUGGCAGUAAAAAGUAUUUACCAAUACUAUUUGGAGUCACUGAAUAAAACUUCUGCAGAAGUUCAAGUAGAGUUAAAAAAAACUAAAGACUACAUAAGUAGCAAGAUAAGCGAUAUGAGAAAACCUCCGGUAUCAAAAAAAUCUCUAAAAAAAAACGAAGAGUUUGAUUACGACCAACUUGAAGAAGAACUGGAGGAUGAUGGUAUAGAAGUUUCACAAUCAAGCGAUGAAGAAGCUGAUGAUUUAAGAGAAAAGGAAGAUCAAGAAGAAUCUGACAUCGAAGAUGCUGAGAAGCCGGAGUUUGCGGAAAGUGAUGGAGAAAGUGAUCGAAAUAUCUUAGAUGCUACCGGAAACGAAUCAGAACACUCUGCGACUGAGGAGACAUAAUAUUUAAUGUGAAAAUUGGAAAAAUAUAAACAAAAUUUAAAAUUUUUUAUAUUUUUAGAUAGAAAAACUAAGCAAAAAUAAGUUAAUUUAAUAUUAAUAAACAUUUUAUUCAUUAUUUAAAUAAGUUCUAAGUGGAAUUUUAUGCAUGUCCGUACAAUAGUAGAGAUCGUCAAAUUUAGUUCUUUAAUAAAUCUCUCAAAAAAUCGUAAAUUCACCAAGAAAUUGUUUUUAUAAAAACCCUUACACAGAUACGACUAUUAGAUUCUUUAAUAAUCUCAUAGAAUUGAUGAUAUAACAGAAUCUAAUACAUUCUUGUAAGAAAUAUUUUUACCUACCUAAUAAGUUUACUUAAGAAAUUGCGCUAUACAUCUAAAUGUCAUUGCAAAAUAAUUUCUUAUGAAACUGGUGAUUUACUAAAAUCUCAUAGAAUCUUAUUAGUAAUAAAUGGUUUAAUAUUGAUUUUAA